AAUACCUUGACCCAAAAAAUGGGUGCAGCUACUCUUCGUGUGACUCCUAACAGACUCCAACACUUUCAAUUCAAGUCUUUAUCUUUUGAUUGUGAGAGCCCUGAUGGUUCUGCUGAACUGAGAGGAGUCAGAACCACUGAGGAACUGUUAGAACAUUUUAGUCCAGCGUGUAACAGUAAAAUAACUUCCUCUUCAUGCACAAUUACUCAAACGUAUGUAACAGACAGUGCAGAGUACUGGUGUGAGGAUAAAGGGGGUCAGAGAAGCAACAGUGUCAACAUUACCAUAACUGAUGGUUCUGUGAUCCUAGAGAGUCCAGUUUUCCCUGUUUUUGAGGGAAACAAUGUGACUCUGCGCUGCAUAAGCAAGACAACUCACACCAACCAAAGUGCAAAUUUCUACAAAGACGAUGGCCUCAUAGACCGGAGCCCUUCUGACAACAUGGAAAUUAACAGUGUUUCCAGGUCUGAUGAAGGACGAUACAAGUGCAGCAUUUCUGGUGUUGGAACAUCUCCAGAAAGCUGGCUUCAUGUCAGAUCAUAUUCUUCAGGAGAGACCAUCCAGUCUGAUGACCCUAUUUCUACUCCUGUCUUCUUCCUGCGUUGGAUUUUGUUGUUUAUUUUAAUGAUGAUACUGCUGAUAGUCAGAUUUCUUAAUACUUGCAAACACAGAGUUUCCUCAAAGACAUCAACAGCAACAUCAAACUGAUAUGAAGACCGUCCAGGAGGUGAGAGAGAAAUAAUUCUAACUACUGUAUUACUCAGUUUCAUGCUUGUUACC